AUGAUGACUGUGAUCGAUUUGAUCGAGAACGGAAAUAGUGUUGGAUAUCGCGUCUAUUGCAAAGGAGCCAGUGAGAUCAUCCUUGCCAGAUGUACUUAUUUGAUCGGAUCCGACGGGAAACCACAUGUCUUUGAUGCUGAUCGAUUAAAGGAGAUCACAACCACCGUAGUCUCACAAAUGGCUAACAAUGGUUUGCGGACGAUUUGUGUCGCCUACAAGGAUUACAUUCGUAGGAACGCACGAGAUGCCGAUCGAACUGAGACUGCUUUCAAUAACGAUACGGACAUCAAUUGGGACGACGAGCAGGAGAUAUCGAAAAGUUUCGUCGGUAUCGCAAUAUGUGGAAUUCAAGAGCAGAGCUAUGCUAGAGAGGAGAUUACCAAAGCCAUCGCGAUGUCUUGCAAAAUCCUCGAACCCGGUGAAGACUUUUUAGCGUUGGAAGGGAAAGAAUUCAACGAAAGAAUUCGUGAUGCUGACGGCAAAGUGUCUCAAACCAAGCUGGAUCAGAUUUGGCCACGGCUUCGUGUAUUGGCACGAGCCCAACCGGCUGACAAAUACACACUCGUGAAAGGUAUCAUCGACAGCAAAAACACAUACCAGAGGGAGAUCGUGGCAGUCACUGGUGAUGGAACCAAUGAUGGACCAGCUCUCAAGAAAGCCGACGUCGGAUUUGCCAUGGUGGUAAAGCUUGCGUGUUCCACGGGCUUUAGAACUUUUUAUAACAGAGAGAAAGGGUUUAUUAUAAUUCUUUGA